AUGAGCUUCACCCAUGACGACAUUUCUGAGCACAAUAACCGGAAGUCCUGCUGGGUCGUGAUCCACGGUGCCGUCUACGAUGUGACAGACUUUCUCAAAGUGCAUCCAGGGGGAUCGAAGGUAAUUUUACAAUGGGCAGGUAAAGAUGCGAGUGAGGCAUUCGAUUCAGUCCAUGCACCAGAAGUACUGAGCGAGUUACCACAAACUGCGUUGCGCGGUCAUAUCGAUGUUACCAAAGCUGUCAAAGCGUCUGAUCGCGAACCGACGAGCCAGGAGCAUUUGAAGCAAGCUAAUCCGAAACCUCCAUCUUUGCAAACCCUGAUCAAUCUUCACGACUUCGAAAAGGUUGCACAGGAUCAUCUUUUGGCCACUACCUGGGCAUACUACUCAUCAGGUGCUGAUGACGAGAUAAGCAAGCAAAAUAACCAUCGAGCAUACUCCAAGAUUGCACUUCGACCCCGAAUCCUGCGCAAAGUUCUAAGUGUCGAUGCUUCUGCCGACAUCUUGGGUUUCCCAACCUCCUUACCCGUAUACAUGUCGCCAGUGGGAAUCGCAAAGCUGGCGCAUUCAGAUGGAGAGUGUGCAUUGGCAGCUGCGGCUGGAAGAGAGGGUCUCGUUCAAGUGUUGGCGAACGGAUCCAGCAUGUCGAUCGAGCAAGUGAUGAAAAGUCGCACCGCACCAAACCAACCUGUUUUCCAACAGCUCUACGUGAAUAAAGACAUGAAGAAAUCGGUCGACGUGGUUCAGCGCGCAGAGAAGGCUGGGGCGGGAGCUAUUUGGAUCACCGUGGACUCGCCAGUGGUGGGAAAACGAGAAAUGGACGAGCGUCUGAACUUGAGUAUCUCGGCUACCGAUAGCGACGAUGAGGGUCAAGGGGUAGCCAAAACCAUGGCCAGUUCUAUCUCGCCUUUUAUCGACUGGGAUAUACUGACAUGGAUUCGUCGGAUCACAAAUCUUCCUCUCGUGAUCAAAGGGAUACAAUGUGUUGAGGAUGCUGUGAUAGCCCACAAACACGGAGUUCAAGGAAUCGUGCUCUCUAACCAUGGAGGCCGGUCUCAAGACACCGCACAAUCUCCUAUUCUGACACUGCUAGAAAUCCGAAAAUUUGCGCCUGAACUGAUCGACAGUAAGAUGCAAAUAUUCAUUGACGGAGGAAUACGCCGAGGUACCGACGUACUGAAGGCUAUCGCACUUGGUGCUGAUGCUGUAGGACUCGGUCGACCGUGCUUGUUCAGUUUAUGUGCAGGGUAUGGCGAGAAUGGGGUGCGUCGGAUGGUCACACUUCUGCGCCAAGAGAUCGAGGCGAACAUGGUCCUACUUGGAGUGACCACCCUGAAGGAAUUGAGACCCGAGAUGGUGAAUGCGAGUCGGCUGGAGAGACACCUGAUUGGCAGUGUGAGACUAUGA